AUGGAAAUUAACACACAAUCAAAUGAUGACAUUGACACAUUAUUAAAACAAUUGACUCCAACUCAAGAACAUUUUCUUAAGAAAUAUUUAUUGGAAGAACAAUUAUCAAAAGAAUUACACAAUUUUAAUGAACCAAAUUGUUGUCAAUUACUUGGAUAUCCAUUUAAAUCUUCUUCCAACAAGAACAACCAAAACGAUGAACUAAGCUCUAAAUUACCAUUAUUAUCAUUUUUUUUCAAACAAUUUUUAACUACAUUCCCAUUUAUUACCAAUAAUUCCCCUAAAAAUCAACAAGAUUUUUGGCAAAAUACUUUACAACCAUUUAUUGAAAGUUUUAAUACUAAACCAAUAAGUCAUCUGGAAGAACGUGAAGAAAAAAUCACCAAAAGACGUCAAGUUAAUAAAAAACUUUUAUCAGGAUUAUUAUUGUUUUAUAAUGCCGUGAUUAUAACGGAUCAAGAAAUUAAUUAUUUGACGGAAACUCAUUAUAAACCAUCAGAUACUGGUAAACUAGAUAAAUUUCAUAAUAAAAAGGAGAUAAUAACAUCAAAUAAUAGUAAGAGUGGUAGUAAUGGUUUGAAUAUAGUUGCUGUGAGAGUGAUUUAUGAAAAUCCAACGAACAUUUCAUCUUGGAUCCCAUUUUAUAAUCGUAUUAAAGUUUAUCAUUUAUUUAUAAUUGAAUUACAAAAUGACAACCAGGAUACUUAUUAUAUUGCUAAAUCAUAUCAAAAUUUUAAAACUUUACAUAAUAAAUUGAAGAAAAAAUUUCCUGGUCUCUUUACAGAAAUACAUUUACCUUCACAUAAAGAUAAACAUGAUAAUGGUUGGGAAAUCAAUAAUGAUAAAGAAUCUUUGGCCUAUGAAGAGGAAGAAGACACCACUAGUUGUUCAAAUGAAAAAAUAUUGAUUCGAGAGAAAAUGAGAUUAUCAUUACGAGGAUAUUUGAAAUCGUUAAUGAAAAUCCCUGAAGUUGCCCAUUGUACGAUCUUGUCGGAAUUUUUAACAACAAAUAAAACCACUCUCACUAGAGAUGAUAUUAUAGAUUAUAAUCAAAGACAAGAACAUGAAGAACUUAUGAAACAAACUCAAAUAGAAUUUCAACAACAAACUACUAAAAUCAUGUUACUGUUAACUAAAGAUUUUGAAUCUUUUAAAAGUCAAUUGAUUAUGAAUCCAGGAACCAUUACCCAAAUAUUUUAUGAAUUAGGUUCGACCCCUGAUAUUAAACAAAUGUCACCAUUAUUAAAAACAUUUAAUGAAUGGUGUAAAGUUGAAAUUGCUGCGACAAUAUAUCAAACAUUUAUAAGUCAAGAUAAUUCAAGUGAAUGGUUUAAUAAAGUGAAAAAAUUCCAUCGUAUUUUCCCUCAUAAUAUAGUUUAUGGGAUUUUGAAAUAUACUAACCCCAUGAAAAUCAUUUCUCGAAUUGUUGAUUUAUUAUUAGUUAACAUCCCUUCAUUUUCUUGGAAUCUGCUGGAAUUAAAUGAUCAUUCUAAAAAAAAUGGUGCUCGUAAUUUGUUAUCAAUGAUUUUCAUUAUGCUUUUAAAUGAAGAUUUAAAUGGGUUUGAUAAAGAAUUGUCGAUAUUAGAAUCCAAUUUGAUUGGUUAUGAAGUUUAUUUACAAAGAAUUAAAAAUUAUGUUCAAUUAGAUUAUAAACAAAUUAAUUCGAUUAGAGAUGAACAAACAUUAAAUAAUCAGGAUUUAUUAUUGACUAUAUUACUGACACCAAAAUUGACACCACAAGUAGAUGAUGAUGACAACAACAACAAAUUUAAUGAAAUUGAAUCAUCUUAUCAUCAUUAUCGAAACAUAACUAAUGCAGAAAAACUUGAAGAAUCAGAGUUGUAUUUGAAUUUAAAACAAUAUUGGCAAAUUCAAAUCCGGAAACGUGAUAAAGAUUUAUUUAAACAAUUAUGGCAAGAACCAGAAUUAUCGGAAUUAAUUAAAAAAUUCUUAAUUAUAUUUUAUCAACCAUUAAUGACAAUUUUCACUAAAAGUGAUGUUCAUUUAGCUUUUAGAGGUUUACAAAAAUUUAUUGAUGAUUUAAUUGAAACCGUAACGAAAAUUAAUAAUGAAGAAAUUUAUUAUUUAAAUUCAUUUGAAAUUUUUAAUAAAUUGAAAAAUUUAUUAGAUCGUCAUGAAAAUGUUAUUUGGGAAUUUAUUCAUAAAAUAUAUAUUAAAGAUGAUCAACAUUUAUUUUUGAAUUUAAUAAAAUGGAUUGAAAAAUAUUUAACCAUGAUGAGAAUUAAAUUUAUUAAUCCAGAAAUUGUCAAAAUAAAUAUCCAUACCCCCAAUUCUGGUGGUGGUGGUGGUGGCGAUGGUGAUAAUAAUUUAGAUAAACAAUUAUUUAUGAAUCAAUUGAAUAGUCGAGUGCAAAAAAUUGUUACAAAACGUAAAUUGUUUAAAGAAUAUCUUGAAGCAAAAGCAAAUUUACAACAACAAGACCCAAACAACAAUGAUAUUGAUGGUAAUUGGGAAGAUAUAAAUAAUAAAAUAUUUGGUAAUACCACGAGUGAUGAGUUUGGGGUUAAAACCGAUGAUUUAGAAGAAUUUAAUUAUCUUAAUGCUGAAAAUGAUUUAUUAAAUGAUUUAUCUAAACAAACUGAUUUAGAACGUGAUUUAUUAAAUAAAUUACAUCAAUUAGAUCAAACUACUCCAGGGACAAGUGAAUUAGAUAAAUUAGAUAUAACUCAAGAAUUAUAUCAAGUUUUAAAUAGAAUAAGUACCUUCGAAACAAGUGAUGGCAUGACCACCAACAUGAAUAGAUAA